GGUUCUCCUUCCUUUUCUCGUUCGGUGGCAAAGAGGCGGUAGCAAAGAUGAAUGACACAGUGACCAUCAGAACCAGGAAGUUCAUGACAAACAGACUUCUUCAGCGCAAGCAGAUGGUGAUUGAUGUUCUGCAUCCUGGGAAGGCCACAGUCCCCAAAACAGAAAUCAGGGAAAAGCUGGCAAAAAUGUACAAGACAACCCCUGAUGUAAUUUUCGUCUUUGGCUUCAGAACUCACUUUGGUGGUGGCAAGACAACAGGUUUUGGCAUGAUUUAUGAUUCUCUGGACUAUGCAAAGAAAAACGAACCAAAGCACAGGCUUGCUAGGCAUGGUUUGUAUGAAAAGAAGAAGACCUCUAGAAAGCAGCGAAAGGAACGUAAGAACAGAAUGAAGAAAGUUAGGGGCACAGCCAAGGCAAAUGUUGGCGCUGGCAAAAAGAAAUGAAGUAUCUAGCAGUAAAUGAACAUACUUCAGAUGGAAAAUGGAUAACAGAUUACGCAAUUCUAUGAAGAAGCGUAGUGUUAUUCUGGGAAGACGUGUGUCAUCUGGCUUUAACAUCAAAUAAACCAUGUCAA